AUGCUUGGAGAAGAAAAGCUUGACGAUAUGAAACUGGAGGCCAAUGCAGGUGGUGAUGGACGAUCUCAGCCCCGCGUCUACACCCUGCUCAGCCAGAUCCCCGCCGGCCGGAUAACGUCGUAUGCCAGCCUGGCGCGCGCCCUCCAGACCUCGCCGCGCGCCAUCGGUGGCGCCUUACGCAACAACCCUUUCGCACCCGAGGUCCCCUGCCACCGUGUCAUCGCCGCCAACGGCUUCGUCGGCGGGUUCAUGGGCGACUGGGAGAAGGCGCCCAGCGGCAUCAAUCAGGGUAAGAAGUUGGAGCUGUUGAGGGGGGAAGGGGUGGAGUUUAAUGUGGAGGGGAGGUUGGUGGAUAGGCGGAAGUGGUGGGAUGGACCUUGGAAAGUGUAG